AUGUCCCACGCUGCAAAUCUUCUUUACCUGCCGGUUAGUGUAUCCGCCCUGAUCUUUGCAGAGCUUGACCCCCAAGACAUCCUCCAUCUCCGACAAACAUGCAGUGUAGUCCAUGCCAAAACCAUCACAAUAUUUGCCAGGCGCUUUUUCACCGCGCGCAGAAUCACAUCAGAUCAUGAAAGCCUUCAGAAGCUCGAGAAAAUAUCCAAACAUCCUCGCCUUGGCCAAUACAUUCAAACGCUAGAGAUCGUUAUUGACCAUGCGUCACUCUUUAACCAGUAUAUGGCGAACACGCACGCAGUCAAGAGAGCACUAGACAACAGUGACUCAGAGGUCUUAGUCAGGACUGAGUGCGGCACAGAAUGCUUGUCACGAGCAUUAUUGAACCUGACAAACUGCAGGAGAAUCGGAAUCAGGAGUGCAUAUCGGAUACAAGGAGCUGGUCAACAUAUCAGCACGAAGCGGGGACCCGAGACUGCCCAGAUCUUGGCAAAUGAGGCAAAACUUGCUUACCGCAUCAUUCAAGCUGUUCUUACUGCUGUCGCGAUAAGCCAGCUUCAGAUUGAGAUACUUGAUAUAAGAAUCGGCAGCUCAGCGGAGAUCAAAAGCUGCAUUACUCCUGAUCUACUCAUUGGACCAUCUGUCGCUAUUAUUGCCAAGUCUCGGCUUAUUAGUCUUCGCCGGCUACAUCUUGUCCUAAACCCCAACAACCCAAAGCUUGCGACAGAUUCCUCGGCAUGGGUACCGAGUUUCCUUCAUUUCAUCGGGUUACUACCUGAUCUAUCUGAGCUGGCUUUGGAGUUCGAGGGACGUGACACGAGAGGACGGUUCGCGCAACUCUGCACCCUGAUGCGCAUUCCAAAACUGCGGGCGUUGACAGUUGGCUGGACCGACUGUACAAGCAUGGAACUGACCUUCCUGCUCCUUCGACACAGAAAGACGCUUCGGGAGAUCAAUUUCGACUCUGUCGGUCUUAUCGAUGAUGUAGAGGCUUGGCGAUGGCUUGUCGAGACUAUUCGUGACAGCCUCAACAUUGGCUUCUUUUCGAUGACAGAAAGCUUGAUUAGGGGCCAGGAGUUGAUUGAACCGCACGGGGCUGGGCUCCUAUCCCAACGGCUGGAGGCUAUUGACACUCAAGGUUUAUGCGAUAUCGCUGAUUUCUUAAGUUAUAGAGAGACAACUAGAUGGGCUUCUUGCUGUUAA